CUGACCGCUAUAGAGUGCAUGCGCAAACAUCGAAGAGAGUGACUGUCAGGCAGUUUUGUGGGGAGAAAAAAAACGAAUUGAUGGACCUCAACCUUGGACCCUAGUCAAAAUGUAGGCUACCCACGAUUAAUGCCUAACCAACAAUGAGGAGGUGGACACGAAGAGAGAUAACCGGCUUGGUCUAUGACAGAGCCUGAAGAGGACUCCAUGGACAGCUGUUCUGGCACAUUACACAUCACACCGGAGAUGGACUAAACCCAGAUAGCCUCAGUCAACACUUUCUCUGCACUAUAGACAUCACCUCAUCUGACAUGAUCAAAGCUCUAAAUACAGAUGCUGCGACAGCCAGUGGAUGGAUUAAUGCCAGCGAGACUGAGUGGGCUGUAGUCCAUGCUAACCAUGGGAAGUGAGCCGCCACAAGCCGUCGCCCGGCUGUUUUCCUGGGUAAAUGGCAUGUCCAAGUGUGAGCUGAUUGAGCUGAAAGACCUCAGCCUGAAUGAUCGCAUAGAGCUGGCACCAGACCCACCAGCCUCUCUGCCCCCAGCAGCGCCCCUGACCCCCAGGCAGAUGAGAGCUCCGGAGAGGCCCAGCCAUGUGGUCCGGCUGGUGGGGGACAGUGUGAGUGUUGAGGGGCCCUCGUGGUUCACAGGUCAGGUUGGAAAGGGACAUGACUUCCAGCCCUGCAGUUACACCCAGAUCAGCUGGUGCGAUUUGUGUGGUGAAUUCAUCUGGGGCCUUUACAAACAGAGCCUGAGCUGUGCUAACUGCAGUUACACCUGUCACUUCCAGUGUCGACCGUUUAUCCAGUUGGAUUGCAGCACCGAUAGUAGACUCCUCACUACCGACCAAACAGAUGUUUCUGAAGACACCGUAGAGACAGACACUAACGUGGAUGUGAUUGAACCUAUUGACUGGGGGAAACAAGUGCUGUCUGUCGGUGACAUCCAGCAGAAGGUGAAGGAAUAUAAUGCGCAGAUCAACAGCAAUCUCUACAUGGUGCUGAACCGAGACGGAUCCUACACUGGCUUCAUCAGGGUCCUUUUUAAGCUGACUCGGCCCGUGUCACUCCCACCCCCUCGGAAGGCGUCUUCACCACAGGAAGAGGGACAACAGGAGGGGGGGCUUAAGCACCGGACAUCUUUCUACCUCCCCAAAGACACGGCCAAACACCUGCACAUAAGCUCCCAGACGCGGGCACGUGAGGUCAUAGAGGCCCUGCUCAACAAGUUCACCGUGGUGGACAACCCUGCCAAGUUUGCUCUGUUUGAGCGCAGCGAACGUGAAAACCAGAUAUACCUUCGUAAGCUGUCUGAUGACGAGAGGCCGCUCCACCUGCGUCUGUGUGCCGGACCCAAUGAGAAAGUCCUCAGUCUGGUGUUGAAAGAGAAUGAGACGGGGGAGGUCAAUUGGGAUGCAUUCAGCUUUCCUGAGCUGCGUAAUUUCCUGCGGAUCCUUCAGCGUGAGGAAGAGGAGCACGUCCGGCAGAUAGUCAAGCGCUACGCUCUGGCCAGGGAUAGGAUGAAGGAGGCCAUGGCCAGCAUCACCACCCCCGGCUGAUGUGAUGGCAUGAUGGGUGACAUCAUGGUAGAGAGGCAUACACACUGUUGACCAGCGGCCACCAGGAGCAUGGCACACAAUGUCACUCUUGAGUUCAAAGUUCAAAUGUCUUUUGGGCUGACCCUGCUGUAGCAGAUAGAGCACAGCAACCCCUGCAGCUUUGAAGGGCAACUAGGGCCAAUAGGGGGUUAGGUAGGGGGCGACACCGGAAGUCAGAGAUCAAUCAUGAACACGUCUUUGAGACAGACAAGGUAAUAGCAGUGCAAGUUAGGAGAGAGAGUAGAGGUAUUUAGUGCAAACCAGUAGGCUACUGUGAAGGACAGGAGGAAGUUAUCUGAGGAAUGAGGACAGACGAUACUGUCAUUGACUGGACACCUAGGAGAUAUCCUGGUCUGGACACUGCUUAACUGGAGAACUGGAGUUUUUCACUGUUUGUGAAAAAACAUUGUAUGUUGCUGCUCAGUUGUUGUGGGAAGGAUUGGGUAAAUAAAGAUGUAACUGAACUUUUAAUUAGCCUGUAAUGCAUGUUUUACUAUGGGAAUGAAAUAUCUAGGGAACAGAAUCUGUUGUAAUGUGUUCAUACUUCCACGUCUAAUAAAAAAUAUAACA